AACCCGCCGGCCGGUGGCUCCUCGCUUAGCGGCGGGAGCGGGGCAAUGUACGACGGAAGCAAUAAAAGCCGCGCCGGCGAUUCGCAGAAGCUCGCCUUGUGUGACGCGGACGAGGAUUGCAACGCCGAAGAGUUUUGCUCCACCCCUGCCCGGGGGGCCAUCUCCGGAGGAGGAGGAGGAGGAGGGCUGGUUUGUCUGACCUGCCGCAAACGCCGCAAGCGCUGUUUCCGCGACGCCAUGUGCUGCUCGGGCAACUUUUGCAACAACGGAAUGUGUGUAGAAUUUGACCUUUUUCACCCUGGAAGGUUUGAAGACAUCAUAGAAAAUUUUGACCAUGGUACUUUGGACUCCCAUCUGAAAAGGACCACGACUUCAUCCCAAAUGUACCACAUAAAAGGCCAAGAAGGUGCUGCAUGUCUCCGCUCUUCGGACUGCGCUGAAGGACUCUGUUGCGCCCGUCACUUCUGGUCCAAGAUUUGCAAACCUGUCCUUAAGGAAGGUCAGGUGUGUACAAAGCACCACAAAAAAGGCUCCCAUGGUUUAGAACUCUUCCAGCGGUGUUACUGUGGGGAUGGACUGACCUGCCGGCUGCAAAAAGACCACACUAUUAGCAAUUCUUCAAGAUUACAUACUUGUCAGAGACAUUAG